AUGCAUCAAAUUGCAAAGACUAGUAGCAACUUGAUACCGCCUGGAGACGAUGUCUCUCAAUACUCCAAGGCUGAGAUCAAGAUGCGUGUAUACGGGUCCAAGCUCGUCUUGGUAGUAGAGCAGAUGCAACUCCUUACGAUAUGGUUGGUCAAGGCCUGCUUGCUCAUAAUGUACAACCGAAUGACGCUCGUUCUGCCGCAACACAAAAUCGUCGUCGCUACCUCUAUCUACGUCGCUGUCGCAUUCGUGGUCAUGGAAGUACUAUAUCUUGGGGUUUGGUGCAGGCCGUUCAAUCAAUAUUGGGCAGUACCUCCCAAUUCGAAACAAUGUUCGGCAGCAACAAACCAUCUCAUCACCAACGCAGUCUUCAACAUUUCCAGCGAUUUGAUCAUCCUAAGCAUACCCAUGCCGCUGCUCUUCAAAGAUUGCAACACAAUGCACAUUCACGACGUCCUUAUCAUUGGUGGCGGGCCAUCAGGCCUAGCAGUAGCAGCACGACUCCGUGAACACACACCAUCGGCAACCUUCACAGACGAUGAGCACCAACGAUACCACUGGAUCCGGAAACAUGGCCGAAAAAUGAACAUCAAAAACUACCGAACGAAUAAGGACUCAUUACCAACGCCACCCUCCACCCCCGGUAGCUCAGAAUGUGGCUGCGAUCAUGAUGUACCAACCGAUGAAUUCAUAGACAUAGUGGUUCUCGAUGCAGAUGGCGCAGACUGGAUGUCCAAAUGGAAACGCCUCUUCAAAACCUUUCGCAUCGAUUACCUUCGAAGUCCGAUGUUCUUUCACGUUGAUCCCGCUGAUCGUGAUGCACUGCUCGGGUACACGUAUGAAAAGGAGAGGGAGAAGGACAUUCAAGCUUUGCCUGGCGUUGCCGGAAAGGAAGUCAGCAAGCAUAAAAAGAAGAAGAACUUGAAGACGCAAGGGCGAUUUUUGGGUCGCACACCCGAUGUGGAUGAAAGGGAUCGAAAAGAUUACUAUGUGCCACGUACCGAUCUAUUUGAUGCGCAUUGUGAAGAGGUUAUCAAGAGAUAUCGACUUGGCAAGGAUCUAUUGAGAAAAGAGAGCGUCAUGGACAUCCAAUAUGACAAGGUUUCGAAGUUUGACAAGACAGAGCUCAGAAGUUUCAUCUCUGAUGGUGCAGUGGCGGAUGAGAGAAAAGUAUUUCGGGUCGAAACAGACCAAGGCGCACGCUUUGCACAUCUAGUUGUGCUGGCUGUCGGUCCUGGGAAUGCGCCAUCGAUACCCCUCGUUCCUGGUCUACCUACUCAACAUCCACACGAAGGCUUUGCUCACGCGAUGCAGAUUAAGCAAUUUCCACCAUCUCAUGUGAUGGCUAAAAUUCAGGCUCGUCAGCUGACGAGUAUGCUCAUCGUCGGUGGCGGCUUGACGAGCAUCCAACUCGCAGAUUUGGCGAUUAAGCGGGGCGUCAACAAAGUGUGGAUGCUCAUGCGUGGACCACUUAAGGUCAAACAUUUCGACGUAGAUUUAGAGUGGGUCGGCAAGUUUCGGAACUUCAAGCAAGCUGAGUUCUGGACGGCAGACACAGAUGAAGAGCGCUUUGAUAUGAUUGUACAAGCCCGCAAUGGAGGUAGUAUGACACCACGCUACCGGAAAAUUCUCGAUUCGCAUGUCGCGUGUCGAAAGAUCGAGCUACGUAACUAUACCAAACUCCAUUCCGCGAAAUGGGAGCAACCAUCCAAAACAUGGGCCUGUGAGGUGUCUUCGGCAGAAUCAGUCCUCAAGCUCCCGCCUGUAGACUAUAUGGUCUUUGCAACCGGUAUCCAGUCUGACAUCCGUACUAUUCCUUACCUUCAGAGCAUCCAACAACAAUAUCCAAUCAAGUGCAUUGGCGGUUUACCAUGCCUGAACGAAGACUUGAUGUGGGACGACAAUGUUCCUCUGUUUGUGACAGGACGACUGGCCGGAUUGAAACUGGGGCCCGGAGCACCGAACCUAGUCGGGGCAAGAGUAGGCGCUGAGAGAAUUGCUUGGAACGUGGACGAAGCUCUCAAGAAACUGGACAAGCUAAGUAACAAUGCGCAAGACGAGAGCGGUGACAAUAGUAGCGAUGAGAAGAUGGUUGCCUAUGCUGCGGCAAGGGAUAAUCGAUUCGAUAGUUUGUUCGAGUUAGACGAUGCUACCGCCUAG